AAUAGGAAAGAAAUGAGCCAACAUCAACCGAAAAAAACAUCAACCGAAAAAAGAAGGAUGAUUCUUUUCUUCAACUUUUACUUUGGGUCCCAACCACUCCUCUCUCCGCAACCCAUAUACAUAUCUCCAACUUCCCCAUGGCGAGAGCCUAUUUUUACAUAGGCUCCGCCACUGCCACUUCCACCCCGCUCUCCUCCUCCCCCUUCCGCCACCGUAAACUUCCAGCUCACAACCAUCGCUCUUCCCCUCCUCUCCGCUCCUCAACCAACACUACCACCCCGUUGACAAUGUCCGCAACCUACCCUCACCCCUCCCUGGAAGUUAUCGGUGGAGCUCGGGACUCAUUCCUCCCAGCACUCACAAGCCUUCACACCCCUUAUCAUCCUUACCCUUUUAUCGCUUGGAAUAGACACGUGGAGACCAUCUUUGCCGCGUUUUUUCGUUCGCUCCCUGAUAUCAAAUUCCGGCGUGAGUGCCUCCGUACAAAGGACAACGGCACCGUUGCACUUGAUUGGGUCUCCGGUGCGAACUCGCUUGUCUGCCGUUGCCCCGUCCUCAUUUUGCUGCCAGGUUUGACAGGAGGGAGUCAGGACUCGUACGUGAGGCAUAUGUUGGUGAGAGCAAGGAGCAAAGGAUGGAGGGUUGUGGUGUUCAAUAGCAGAGGAUGUGGUAAAAGCCCUGUCACCACUCCUCAGUUCUAUUCGGCUUCAUUUCUUGGAGAUAUGUCAGAAGUAGUGGCACUUGUCAACAACCGGUAUCCGAAAGCCAAUGUCUAUGCUGUUGGAUGGUCUCUUGGCGCCAAUAUUCUUGUUCGUUAUUUGGGUCAGGAAUCUCGAUCCUGUGUUCUUUCUGGUGCUGUAUCAUUAUGCAAUCCUUUCAACUUGGUCAUUGCUGAUGAAGAUUUCCGUAAGGGCUUUAACAUUGUUUAUGACAAAUCCCUAGCAAAUGGUCUCUGCAAAAUUUUCACCGAGCAUGCUCCUUUGUUUGAAGAGAUGGAUGGUGAAUACAAUAUCUCAGCAGCUGCCAAUGCCAAAUCUGUCAGAGAAUUUGAUGAAGCUCUAACACGAGUGUCAUUUGGAUUCAAGUCAGUGGAUGACUAUUACUCGAAUUCAAGCAGUUCAGAUUCCAUAAAGAAUGUGCAUCCCUUGCUCUGUAUUCAGGCUGCAAAUGAUCCAAUUGCUCCUUCUAGAGGAAUUCCUCGUGAAGAUAUUAAGGCAAACUCGAAUUGCUUAUUAAUAGUCACACCCAAAGGCGGUCACCUAGGAUGGGUAGCUGGUGGUGAAGCUCCCAGAGGAGCGCCUUGGACUGAUCCCCCGGUGAUGGAAUUUCUUGAACAUCUGGAGCGCGCUGCUGCUUGCUCGAGCGUCGUCGGAUCGGGUGGCCUGCAACAUGUCGAGGCAUCCCUUUAUUGAUCUCUCCUCUCGAGAAAGUACAAAGAACGGGUACGCUACCGUCCAGGACAUCCGAUCGGUUUCUCACCCAUUCAUUGUAUUGUGUUGGAAUCGUUGAUUCAUUUCAUUCAUUAUAUGCAUUUAUGGAUGUUACCUCAAAAUGAAGAAAA